CGUCUCUCAAACUCUCAUGCGCCGUUCUUCUUCUCUCUCUCGUUCCAUUGAUCAUCAUUCUAAACCCUAAACCUCUAUCGAUUUUGAAUCUAUCGAUUCAGCCAUUCUAAAUCGUAGUUUGAGGUAAUUCGAAACUAACGCAACAUAGGAUGGCGAUGGUUAAAUCUCGUUCCAUUGAAGAAGAUGAGAAGGAGAAAUACUCGGUUGCGGAUGCAGUUGAAGAGAUUACUGAGGAAGAGUUUAAUAGGAUGUCUUCUGGGCACACAAAUUCCAAGAAAUCCACCAGGCAGCGUCAGUCUACUGGUUUGACGCAGGGUUUGUGUACGUAUCAAUUGCCUGCAAAGUAUGCCUCCUCACUAUUUAGUCUGGCCUGGGCCCAGGCUGUAAGAGGUGAUCCCCAUGAAGUUCUUCCGGAGUCCAAAUCCAAGCCGUCUGAAUCAGACGAUAAUGAGAGUGAUGAAGCAACUAGUUUGGACUCUCCUGCAAGGGCACAGCAUGACAUGAUUGUAAUUGAUUUGGAUGAUGACUGUCCUGCAGAGGAAGGGAGUGAUAGAGUUGGAGUUGAUUUAGAGGUGAAUGAUGAAUUGAUUGUUCAUGAUGAUAGUCUGUUGGAUGGUGAUAUCGUUGUAAGUGAGAAAGAGGAUGGAGAAUUGGCUAAUGGUGAUAUAGUUUUGGAAUCUGAUGUUGAUGAUAGUUUAAAAGAAGACGAACUUAUGGAGGAUAGUGAAUUGUUGACCAUUCUUGGUGAACUGGAGGCUGUUACUUUAGUUAAAGCAGAGAGUUCAUUUGGGGAAGUUUGCACUCGACUUCAUGACUUACUAGUUAAAUUGCAGGAAGUGCUUUCAGACGGUUCGGAACCUGGGAUUGGUUCUUGGAAUCACCUUUCAUUUACUGCUUUGCAGACUGUCAAUUAUGCGUUUAUCUCUCUGAGUCAAAACCAGAAGGUACAGCAUAAGAGUAUUCAUCAAAGGUUACUAUCCUAUGCUAAAAGGCAUAAUCCAACAAUGUUUCUUCCUGCUCAAAUAAGAGAGAUAGAGAUCAUGGUUCAAGACUUAGAUGAAUCCCCUGCCUUUUUGACUUCAAUAGACAAUAAGAAGAACGAUUUGACCGGAGUCUCCGAAUUUCGCAGUGACAAGAAAAUAGAACCUUUAAAAUUAGAUUCUGCCCCCCAUAUGGAUCUCCCCAAAGUCCAUGAUGUUGACAGUCUUCCGGUCAUAGUGAAAAAAACAAUACAUAUUCAUGAAACCAAUGCUGUCAAACAAAAAAUUGGGCUCAAUUCGUCUCUCAUGCCCGAACGACUUCCUAGUCCCACCUUGUUAAAAGGAUCAUUUGUUGGAGGAGAAGAUUUUAGAACUUCUUCUGCUUUGCCACCAGCAAAGUUGAGAGAUCCUCGACUUCGGUUUCUCAACCCCGAGGCAUAUAGUUCUGGAGAAGUGACAAUGUCAAGGAGGCAAAAGCCUAUGGAUGAUCUUGUCUCCGAUGCUCCUGUCCAUAAAAGGAAAAGAAAUGGAUUGGAGAAUGAGCAACAACAGCUUAAUGGAAGGAGACAGUUGGAAAACAUGGAAGGAGGUGUAACGUUGAUGAAGACCGCUUCUCUUCCAAACCCCACUCUUCUUGUUCAGAAGUCUGAGGGGACACUACAAACUCGAUCUCAAAGAGCAGAUGAAACUGAAAAAAUCUGCAUGAAACCUAGCGAAUUGGGAUCUGGAUCUCAAAAUGCAAAAAGUCUAAAGGAUUAUUCUGUUACAGGCUCCAUGUCUUUGUUAUCAGGGGCACUGCCCGACAUUUCCUCCCAAUUCACCACAAAGCAGAAAAACAAUAUUGUUUCUGUUACUCAGACAUUACCGUGUCCUCCCUCACAGUCAUCAUUGCAUGAUCAUUGUAGUAAUAUGGAUGCGCAACUUCUUGAAGGAUUUAGUCAACAGCAAAUAGCCGCUAUUCAGAAAGAGAGGAUGAAGAGGAUCGAAGAACAAAAGAAACUGUUUUCUGUCCGCAAGCUUUGUCUUGUCUUAGAUUUAGAUCACACCAUUUUAAAUUCAGCUAGGUUUGCUGAAGUUGACCCUGUUUAUGAAGAAAUAUUAAAGAAGAGAGAGGAGCAAGAAUGUGGAAAUCCUAAUCGUCUACUCUUCCGUAUCCCUCACAUGGGGAUGUGGACCAAGUUACGUCCCGGGAUCUGGAACUUCUUAAAGCAGGCAAGUAAGCUAUUUGAAUUGCAUCUUUACACAAUGGGAAACAAGAUGUAUGCGACUGAGAUGGCGAAAUUGCUAGAUCCUAAGGGAGUGUUGUUUGCUGGACGGGUUAUGUCCAGGGGUGAUGACGAUGAUUCUGUUGAUGCUGAAGAUAGGUUUCCUAAGGUUAAGGAUCUGGAUGGAGUAUUGGGGAUGGAAUCAAACGUAAUUAUUAUGGACGAUACGGUUCGAGUAUGGCCUUAUAACAGACUUAACUUAAUAGCUGUAGAAAGGUAUAUUUAUUUUCCUUGUAGUAGACGUCAAUUCGGGGUCCAUGGCCCUUCACUUCUCGAGAUUGAUCGCGAUGAAAGACCCGAAGAUGGGACUUUAGCUACAUCUCUUGCGGUAAUUGAAAGAAUACACAAAGAAUUCUUCUCUCAACGUAGUCUAGUUCAAGCUGACGUUAGGAGCAUACUAGCUUCACAGCAACGGAAGAUACUUUCUGGUUGUCGUAUAGUCUUUAGUAGAGUUUUUCCAGUUGACUUCAACAAUUAUCAUAAGCAUCAUCUCUGGCUGAUUGCUGAACAGUUUGGUGCUGAGUGUACCAAUCAAAUUGAUCAUAAGGUUACUCAUGUUGUUGCCAAUGCACCAGGCACUGACAAGGUAAAUUGGGCUCUGUCAAAUGGUAGAUUUGUUGUUUCUCCUGGUUGGGUUGAGGCAUCGGCUUUUCUUUACAGGAGGGCAAAUGAAAAAAUGUUCGCAAUUAAACUAACUACAAAUAAUCAGUCCUCCCAAACAGACACAAGCAAAGUGAACAAAUAUUGAUUUGAUGGUCUAUGGCAGUCUAAUCUGACUAAACCAUUUCUUUAAAAAUCUUGUAGCCUUUUGUUUGAGGUUAACCAAGUAAAAAUGGGAAAU